AUGACAAAACACUCCAACGCGUUCCAAGUCCACGAUGAGCGCUUCCACUCCAUCCUCGGUCAAUCACCGUCGCUAGAACUACUAGCAGAAAACGAAUCAUACCCGUUCGCCCACGAAGCCGGUGUUUUCAUUGCCUCCACCAACCAUCUGUUCAUAACCAGCAGCCGCAUCACAGACGCCCGGGGCGAGCAAUCCGUCCGCAUCACCCGCGUGCAUCUCAAUGAAACACCAGUGAAAUGUGAAGAAAUCCCGACCAGCAUCCCGCUCGCAAACGGCGGCGUGAACUACGGCGAUGACGGGGUGCUCAUAUGUGGCCAGGGGUCCAUGACGCAGCCCAGCGGACUCUAUCUCAUGUCCACGGAACCACCAUACACCAGCAAGCUCCUGAAGGCGGACUUCUACGGCCGACCGUUUAGCUCCGUGAACGAUGUCGUGGUCCACUCGGAUGGGUCGAUCUGGUUUACGGACCCGACUUACGGCUUUGAACAGGGGUAUCGGCCGACGCCUUCAUUACCGAGCCAAGUAUAUAGAUGGCAUCCAGCGAGUGGGAAUAUGCGGGCAAUGGCAGACGGAUUCGGAAAACCGAAUGGGAUUUGUUUCGCGCCUGAUGAAAACACCGUGUAUGUGACUGAUACGCACGGGUUGCACGGUGAUGGGAGUACAGAUGACCAGAGGGUUUCUUCAAUUUAUGCAUUCGACGUAUCGACCUACCACGGUGAACCCUUUCUUACAAACCGGAGGCUCUUCGCCAUGGCCGAUAAAGGUAUCCCGGACGGGAUUAAAUGUGAUCUAGACGGGAAUGUGUACAGCGGCUGCGGUGACGGAAUCAAUGUCUGGUCUCCUGGCGGCGUUCUGCUCGGACGUAUUCUGAUCGACGGGGGGGGUUGCGAAUUUCUGCUUCGGAAAGGGUGGUGA